AUGUCAAAGUCAGUAAAGGAAGCCAAGAUCUUGCUUGCACCUCUUGCGUUAUACCGUCAAAUAUUGCGUACACAUCGUUACAUGCCACCUGCCAUGCGUUCCAUGGGAGACGACUACGUCAAGGCUGAAUUCCGAAGACACCAAAACAUUGACAAUCCAGCACACAUUGUGGGUUUCCUUUCUCAGUGGCAAGAUUACCUGGAGACGUUGCAAGGACAAACAGCACCACCCAGCAACAGUGAUGAAAGUGUUGCCCCACAAGACGAUCCUUUAGUACGCAGCUUCAACAUGCCCGAUGGUGGUUGGGGCAAGAAACUCGAUAGCGAGCGAUUGGAUAAGCUUAGCGAUGAACAACUUGGUCAAUUAUAUGAACUACGCAACGAGCUUAAAAAGUCUCUAGGCAUCAAAGAGGACAAAUAA